AUGAGGGGGGGAGUCUACCACGCCCUCUCCCAGAAGGAGGCCAAGGAGCUGGAUGUGCAGCGCCCCGGAGCCCAGCGCGCCGAGGCCUUCCUGCAGGCCUUCCUGCGGCGCUGCACGCCGCACCUGAGCCCGCGCGCCCGCGAGGACCAGCUGCAGCGCAAGGCCGUGGUGCUGGACUACUGCGCCCGCCCGAGGCAGCGGGGGCCGAGGCGGCGGCCCCGGGGCCUGUCCGCGCGGCAGAGGAGGGCGCUGCGCCUCUUCGACAUUAAGCCGGAGCAGCAGAGAUACCACCUCUUCCUGCCCCUGCACGAGCUCUGGAAACAGUACAUCCGGGACCUGUGCAACGGCCUCAGGCCAGACUCGCAGCCCCAGGCGAUCCAGGCCAAGCUGUUGAAGGCAGAUCUCCAUGGCGCCAUUGUUUCCGUCACCAAGUCCAAGUGUCCCUCCUACGUGGGGGUCACAGGGAUCCUCCUGCAGGAAACCAAGCACGUCUUCAAGGUCCUCACCGAGGGAGACCGCCUGAAAGUGAUCCCCAAGCUGGGCUGCGUGUUCUCUGUGGAAACCGACGGCUUCGUCUCCUACAUUCACGGGAGCAAGUUCCAGCUUCGGUCGAGCGAGCGGUCCGCCAAGAAGUUCAAAGCGAAGGGAACCAUGGACCUGUGA